AUGAAUGAAUCAAACUUCUCCAUCCUACCACCUAAUGACGAACCGGAGGGUGACUACCGCAGCAUAGGACCCCGAAGAUGGCUGGCAGCUUGGCUUGGGUCCAUUGCCGUCGUCGCUUUCUUCGGUAACACACUAGUGAUCUCCUGCGUCAUCCUGUAUCCGAAGCUGCGUACGAUCACCAACGUAUUCAUCACCAGCCUCGCUAUCAGCGAUCUCCUUGUGAGUUUAACCAUACCCUGGAUCAUCGUUGGGUUGGUAUCAACCCGGGGUUGGCCGCUACCGGAUGAGACCUGUAUCUUGGUGGCUGUACUGCGGUUCACCUGCAGCGGUAGCAGUGUGUGGCAUCUUGUUACUAUCGGUACCAACCGCAUGUUUCUUAUCACCACUUCUAGUGCAACGUAUCGAAAGAUAUACAGCCGCGUUAACACUGCCAUUAUUCUCUUCAUCACCUGGCUAAUCCCUUUCUCUGUCAUCAUUGUCCCUUACGCCAUCGGUGCCACGAGACUCGGCUAUGACGACGGGCCCCAUAUGUGCAGUGAUCUGGAGGAAAUCAGGCCGGACGGAACGGAGUACAGCAUACAUGCCUACCUCGCUGGCAGCUGGCUGACUUGCAUACCGUUGUGCAUGGUAUUAUGCGUGUAUCUACGCAUCUACAUCUACAUCCGACUGCACGUGAGGAAGCAGAACGCGUGGUCCACCGGGCAGCAGCAUAGGAACACCGCGGUUGCUACUGUAAGCGCGACCGUAGAAGACGCAGGCUCGACCGACAAGGAAGGGGCUAAUGACGCUAAAGGUGGUAGUGGGAGUAACACAGAUGGCGCCCAAGUCCAGUCUAACCAACCAACGGAGCGCAGUGCGCAGAAUCCUAUCGCUGCCGCCACGAAGCCACCAGUCAAGAAGGGCGACACUCUUGAGACCCGUAUCACUAAGAAUACUUUCUACGUGGUCCUUGGGUUCUUCAUGUGUAUGGUCCCAUACGGCAUUAUUAUUCUUGACCAUAACUUAGGAAUUAAGGGUACGCCUUUACCACAGGCUUUCCUUCUGUUCAAUGUCUGCAUGAACCCACUGAUAUAUGGCACCAAGCAUCCACAUUUCAGGGGCGCCAUACGAAACAUCUUCUCGGGACGAAUUUCGGGUCCACUGGUCAUGUCCAACUCAGUCGCGACUGCUAGCACCGACCAAGGGGGUACAUGAUCAUCUACUUAUGUAUGCCGAUCAACACGUACCCACACUAUCUACGCCAAUUCAUCUAAAUAGCUUUAAGGUCCUUGUUUUUAAAGUUGAUUUCAAAUAGAGUGUCGAAUUGGUGCAAUAACUUUUAUUCUCUAUACUAACAAGUAACACAAACGCAGGUUUAAUCUUUACUGAAUAUAUUAGCCAAAAGGGCUGCACGGUUUUUACCCAACAAUGUUAUUUUAUGAACAGCAGUAGAUAAAGACACAUUGAAGCUUAUCGUUUCGAACUUGUCAGAGUAUGAAUUAACCGAGUUGAAGUACAUUAUAUUCACAAUAAAAAAAUUAAUUAAAAAAAUGAGUUAGUUACUUGCAUUGUGAUCGCGCAGAAUUAAGGAGAGGGGCGAUGGAGGAGAAGUUACGGCGCCUUUUCACCCUUUCUUAUAGUCAUCGCUCCUUCUGCAAAGAUUCUGCUGAACCUUGGAACAAAACCUUUGAAUUUCCAAAAACUGUCAGACUGUAAACCAAUUCAAAACUUGUCUCAAGACACAUUUAUUCAAAAUUGCUUUCGACGAUU